CACACACACACACGUGGAGUCAGGGCCAUGCGAUGUGGAGCGCGGCCAUGAAGGAGGCAGAUGCUGAUGGAGGACGGCGCAGCAUCAGCGGAGGACGGCGGGGCGCAGGAAGCGGGACGAGAGCCCGAUGCCAAGAUGAUCUGCCCUCAAGCUGAGUGGGAGGAAAAGGAGCGUCCUCCGUCAGAGGAUCUGGAAUGUAAAAUCUGCUACCAGCGCUACGACACUCACAGCCGCAGACCAAAGAUCCUGGACUGCCUCCAUCGGGUGUGCGCCCGCUGCCUGGUGAAGAUCCUCUACGUGGGCGAGGGCGCAGGCUGCAUCUCCUGCCCGUUCUGUCGACACCAGACGGAGAUGACGGACUACCAGGUGUCGGCCCUGCCGGACGACGCCAAGGUCAUGUCUCGCUUGAGCUGGAGCUCGGACCACAACAGGGAGGUGGUCUUGUCCCCCAAGAGCUUCUUCUCCUCCAGUCCGUCCCACGGUUCCUCCAACUGCCUCUUCAUCACCAUCAUGGAGGUGCAGGGCGACCCCAGCAGCUCCGACAACCUGGACUCGCUGUCGGUGGGCUCCGACGGGCCGGCGGACCAGGACUCCCUGUCCAAGUUCUGUAACCACGUGCCACGCAUCCUGGUCUGGCUGCUGGGCUUCUUGUACUUUGGCUCCCUGCCUCUAGGGAUUUACCUGCUGGUCAUCCAGAGAGUGACUCUGGGCAUCGUGUGCGUGAGCCUGGUGCCCUCCAGCCUGACCGUGUGCCUGGUCUACGGAUUCUGCCAGUGUCUGUGCCAGGGCAUGUGCGACUGCUCCUCCAGGGCCUGAGUGUGGGCCAGAAAACUGUCGGGUCCAGUGUGGGACAAGGUCUGCCUGGUGGUACAUUUGAAAGCUGCGGGACCCGCUGGGCUGUAUCCAUGUUGCUAUGGUGAUUGCUCUAUUGAACCCAAGCAGAAAACUGUUGGCAGAAAAGCUAAACCUGAUCGAUGUUAGACAAUUUAAACCAGGGGAGUCCAAACAUUUUCCACUGAGGGCCGCGCACUAAACAUUU